CGGCGCUGGCGGGGGCGGGGGCAGCUGCUGGCUCGGAGUCAGGCUCAGGCCGAGGCGGCGGCGCGGAGCGAGCGAGCGGCCUGGCUCCGUCUUGCAGGCCCGGGCGGUGCUAGGCUGGCGGCGCCAUGUACAAUGGGAUAGGGCUCCCCACUCCCCGGGGCAGCGGCACCAACGGCUACGUCCAGCGCAACCUCUCGGCCGUGCGGCACAAGAAGGAGCGAACCGACUACAAGUCGGAGGAGGAGCUCAGGAAGCUGGAGUCGUCUCUGGUCAAGAAGCCCAACCAGGAGAUCCUGGACCAUGAGCGCAAGCGCAAGGUGGAGCUGAAAUGCCUGGAGCUGGCCGAGCUCAUGGAGGAACAGGGCUACGCCGAGGGCGAGAUCCAGGAGAAGGUGGCGACCUUCCGGCUCAUGCUCCUGGAGAAGGACGUGGCGCUGGGCAAGGAGGGGGAGCAGCAGCCGGAGCAGAAGCCGGCGGUCACAGAGACCCACCAGCUGGCCGAGGCCAACGAGAAGAAGAACGAGCGGCUGCGGGCGGCUUUUGGCAUCAGCGAGAAUUACGUCGACGGGAGCUCGUUCGACCCCAACCGCAGGGCUAAGGAGGCGGCGGCAGCGGCAGCCAAGCAGCAGGAGCAGCAGAAGCAGUACAGCCUGGUCCGUGAGUCCAGCAGCUCCCGCUCGCCAUCCCCCAAGCAGAAAAAAAAGAAAAAGAAGAAAGACAGAGGCAGGUCAGAGAGCAGAUCCCCCUCUCGCAGGGAGAGGAAAAAGAGCUCUAAGAAGAAGAAACACAGGUCGGAGUCCGACUCGAAGAAGAGGAAACACAGGUCUCCCAGUCCGAAGAGCAAACACAAAGCCAAGGAGAAGAAGAGGAAGCGAUCCACCAGCGAGUCGGCGUCCCAGAAGGGCCGAAGAGGUCGCUCGUCCUCUCCAGACUCUUCCUCCUCCUCCGACAGCUCGCGGAGCAGGUCCCGGAGCGUCACCACUCAGAAGCGGGCCUCCCGGCCCAGCGUGAGCCCCCCAGCGCCGCCGCGCAGGAGAGCCGACCCCGAGGGCGCCUCCAAGGAUGCCCCCAAGAGAGAUCGCUCGGCAUCCCCCGAGCUCAGCCGGCGCGCGCAGAGCCGCAGUCCCCGGGAGAGCCGAGAUAAGCCAGAGAAGCGGUCGUCUCGGCGCUCCCCCCGCCAGCGUUCCUCCUCCCCGUCGCCCGUCUCCGAGGGGAAGCAGAAGGACAAGGAUCGGCCCCGGCAGCCAGAGCGCAAAUCCCCCCCCGCCCCGUCCUCGGAGCGUGAGCCCCGCCCUCAACGCCGCUCCCUGUCCCCCGAGCCGGCCCGAGAGAGGGCCUCGUCCGGCCACAAGCGCCCCCCCUCCAAGGAGACCAAGUCCCCCCGCUCCUCCUCCCCUCCCCCCAAAAAGCCAGUGGCUGAUCGCCCCAAGAGCCCAUCCCUAGCGGCUGCCCCCUCGGCACCGGCCGCCACCCGGAAGGGCCGGCCGUCCCGCUCGGGCUCCGAGAGCGACGAAGACUCGUCUUCCUCUUCCCCCGAGCGGGAGAAGCCGGCCCCGAGCAGGCAGGAGAAAUCGAGGGGCUCCCAGCGCCGGGACCGCUCCAGUUCUUCCCCGGAGCCCUCCCAGCCUGCCAAGGCAGCCCCCAAGCCCUCGUCCCGGCGUGAGCGCUCCGGCACCCCGGCAAAGAGCGCCAAGACCCGCUCCCUCUCCAAGAGAGACGCCAAGUCCCGGUCCCGGACGCCCCCUUCCCGCAGGGAGCGCUCCCGCACCCCGCCCCGCCGGGGAGGCCGUUCCCGCACCCCACCCCGCCGGGGGGCCCGUUCCCGCACGCCACCAAGGCGGGGCCGGUCCCGAUCCCGGAGCCCCCAGUGGAGAGGCAGGUCCCGGAGCCCCCAGAGGUGGGGACGGUCCCGUUCCCGCACUCCGCCCAGGUGGGGCAAAUCCCGUACGCCCCAGAGGAGGGGGAGAUCUCGCAGCCCUCAACGGCGAGGGUGGUCCCGCUCCAGGACACCCCAGAGGCCUGGCUGGUCUAGGAGCCGAAACACGGCAAGGCGGGGCCGGUCUAGAACCCCGCCCCGGCGAGGCAGGUCCCGGUCUAGAACCCCGCCCCGGCGAGGCAGGUCCCGGUCUAGAACCCCGCCCCGGCGAGGCAGGUCCCGGUCUAGAACCCCGCCCCGGCGAGGCAGGUCCCGGUCUAGAACCCCGCCCCGGCGAGGCAGGUCCCGGUCUAGAACCCCGCCCAGGCGAGGCAGGUCCCGGUCUAGAACCCCGCCCAGGCGAGGCAGGUCAGGGUCCUCUCCCAGGCGGGAGAAAUCACUGAUUUCAGCCAGGAGGAGCCGCUCUGGGUCGUCGGCCGAGCGGAGGAAAAAAUCCAGGCUGCCCCUGCGAAGGAGCCUGUCUGACUCGUCGCCAGACGUGAAGAAGAAAUCCAGGAAAGUGUCAAGACGCAGCCGCUCCACAUCAUCCCCUCGGCUACAGAAGAAAUCCAGAUCAUCGCCCUGGAGGAGCCGCUCUGGCUCAUCCCCUCGGCCAAAAAAGAAAUCCAGAUCAUCCCCUCGGAGGAGCCGGUCAGGGUCAUCUCCAGCGCUGAAAAAGAAAUCCAGAACGCCAUCCAGAAGGAGGAGGAGGAGGUCUGGAUUGUCUCCGGCACUCAAAAAGAAAUCCAGAUCACCGCCUAGAAGAAGCCGGUCUGGAUCGUCUCCAGAAGUGAAGAAAAAAUCCAGAUCGCCCCCAAGACGAAGGAGGUCUGGAUCUUCUCCACUGGCGAGAAAGAAAUCCAGAUCACCGCCAAGACGAAGCAGGUCUAGGUCCUCGCCAGUGUUGAAGAAGAAAUCUAGAUCGCCCCCGAGACGAAGCAGGUCUAGCUCCUCGCCAGUGUUGAAGAAGAAAUCUAGAUCGCCCCCGAGACGAAGCAGUUCUGGGUCCUCUUCAGUGGCGAAGAAGAAAUCCAGAUCACCACUUGUGAGAGGCCGAUCUGGGUCGUCUCCAGCAUUGAGAGAGAAAUCUAGAUCGCCCCCGAGACGAAGCAGAUCUGGAUCAUCUCCAGCGGUGCGAGAGAAAUCUAGAUCACCCCCCAGACGAAGCAGAUCUGGAUCAUCUCCAGCGGUGCGAGAGAAAUCCAUAUCACCCCCAAGACGAAGCAGAUCUGGAUCAUCUCCAGCGAUGAGAGAGAAAUCUAGAUCACCCCUGAAACAGAGCAAAUCUGGAUCAUCUCCAGCUGUGAGAGAGAAACUGAGAUCACCACUGAGACGAAGCAGAUCUGGAUCCUCUCCAGAACAGAGAGAGAAAUCCAUAUCCCCUCCUGCGAGAGGCAGGUCUGGCUCCUCUCCUGGGUUGAAGAAGAAAUCCAGUUCUCCUCCAAGGCAAAGUGGGCUUGGAUCUUCACCAGCCGUGGAAGGGAAAUCCAGAUCUCCUGCAGUGAGAAGCAGAUCUGGAUCCUCUCCAGAACUGAAGAAGCUGUCUAAGACCUCUCCAAGACACAGUGGUGCUGGGUCUUCUCCAGUGGUGGAAGAGAAAUCAAGUUUACCUCCAAGAUGCAGCCAGUCUGGAGCCUCUCCAGAACUGAUGAAGAAAUCCAGAUCGCCGCCUGCGAGAGGCAGGUCUGGAUCCUCUCCGGAACUAAAUGAUAAAUCUAGCUCCCCACUCCCAAGACAAAGCCAAGCAGGAUCCCCUCCAGAACCAAAAAAGAAAUCCAGAUCACCUCCAAGAUGUGUUAAGCCUGGUGCCUCUCCAGUGGUGAAAGAAAAAUCCAGAUCUCCCCAGCCAUGGCAAAGCCGAUCCGGAUCGUCUCCAGAAGUGAAAAAGAAAUCCCCAUCACCAUCGAUAAGAGGGGCCUCUGUAGAGCAAGCAAAAUCCAGAUCGCCUCCCUCACUGAGCGGAUCUGGAUCAUUGUUGACAUUGAAAGGGAAAUCCAGUUCGCCCCCAAGACACAGCCGAUCCGGAUCCUCUCCAGGGUCAGGAAGCAAACUUGGAGCAGUUUCAAAACACAACAGGCCUGGGGUUUCUCCAGAAGCUACAGAGCUAGUGAGGAUUUUAGCAGGUCAGGUCAAGCCGAUGUCUCCUGAGGCAAAAGACAAUUAUGGAACGUCCCCAAGAAGAAGCAGAUUGGGGUCAUCCCCUGGUAUCAGAGAGAAAUCCAGAACACCUCCGAGCAGCUUGGAGUCUUCUCCAGAACGGGCAGAAAUAUCCCGAUCGCCUCCCAGGCCGCGAGAGAAGUCCCGCUCGCCCCCCAGGCCGCGAGAGAAGUCCCGCUCGCCCCCCAGGCCGCGAGAGAAGUCCCGCUCGCCCCCCAGGCCGCGAGAGAAGUCCCGCUCGCCCCCCAGGCCGCGAGAGAAGUCCCGCUCGCCCCCCAGGCCGCGAGAGAAGUCCCGCUCGCCCCCCAGGCCGCGAGAGAAGUCCCGCUCGCCCCCCAGGCCGCGAGAGAAGUCCCGCUCGCCCCCCAGGCCGCGAGAGAAGUCCCGCUCGCCCCCCAGGCCGCGAGAGAAGUCCCGCUCGCCCCCAGGCCGCGAGAGAAGUCCCGCUCGCCCCCCAGGCCGCGAGAGAAGUCCCGCUCGCCCCCCAGGCCGCGAGAGAAGUCCCGCUCGCCCCCCAGGCCGCGAGAGAAGUCCCGCUCGCCCCCCCAGGCCGCGAGAGAAGUCCCGCUCGCCCCCCAGGCCGCGAGAGAAGUCCCGCUCGCCCCCGAGGCCGCGAGAGAAGUCCCGCUCGCCCCCGAGGCCGCGAGAGAAGUCCCGCUCGCCCCCGAGGCCGCGAGAGAAGUCCCGCUCGCCCCCGAGGCCGCGAGAGAAGUCCCGCUCGCCCCCGAGGCCGCGAGAGAAGUCCCGCUCGCCCCCGAGGCCGCGAGAGAAGUCCCGCUCGCCCCCGAGGCCGCGAGAGAAGUCCCGCUCGCCCCCGAGGCCGCGAGAGAAGUCCCGCUCGCCCCCGAGGCCGCGAGAGAAGUCCCGCUCGCCCCCGAGGCCGCGAGAGAAGUCCCGCUCGCCCCCGAGGCCGCGAGAGAAGUCCCGCUCGCCCCCGAGGCCGCGAGAGAAGUCCCGCUCGCCCCCGAGGCCGCGAGAGAAGUCCCGCUCGCCCCCGAGGCCGCGAGAGAAGUCCCGCUCGCCCCCCAGGCGCAGCAGGUCUGGCUCAUCCCCCAGGCCUCGAGAGAAAUCCCGAUCUCCUGCUAGGUAUGGCAGUUCCGGCUCAUUUCUGAGAUCUAGAGAGAAAUCCAGAUCUCCCGCAAGGUACAGCCUAUCCGGCUCGUCCCUAAGACUUCGAGAGAAAUCCAGAUCCACUCCAAGGCGUGGCAGGUCCGGCUCAUCCCCGAGACCUCGAGAGAAGCUGGGAGCGUCUCCCAGAAGCAGCCGCUCUGGGUCGUCUCCAGAGAGACCCAAGGGCCCGACGAGGCGUGGCCGGUCCAGCUCUCCCUCCAGAAGGGGGAAGUGGAGAUCUUCCCUGCGGCGAGGAAGAUCCGGGUCGUCGCCCAGGAGAACCCGGUCCCGGUCCAUCUCCAGACGAGGCAAAUCCAGAAGCUCCCUGCGGAGAGACCGAUCCAUCUCGUCGCCCGGCAGGAGCCGCUCGAGAUCCACCUCGCGAUUCUCCCGCCGCCGGGACCGCUCGCCGUCCUCACCCCGUCGCAGCAGAUCCCGCACGCCGCCCCGCCGAGCCCGAGCGGGGUCCUCCCCCCGGCGCCGCGGCUCCCGCCAGCCCCGCUCCCGCUCCCCACCGAAACUGGACGUCUCCCGCACCCCGGCCUCUUCCUACCACGGCCGCUCGAAGGCGUCGCCGGCCAGGACCCGCUCGGGCUCUGGCUCGCCAAAACGCGCCGGGAGGAGGUCCCGCUCCCCGCCGGUGCUGGAGAAAUACCCCAAAGUGGGAGCGGCUGACAAGGCAGCACCAGGCAGAGCUGAGAAGACGUCGCCCGUGGCGGCGGUGCCCAUCCGGCGCAGCCCGUCCCGCUCCCCGCCGGCGCCGGACGAGGCCUCCCCGAAAGCCAGGAAAGCCCAUUCCCCUGCCCCCAAGAUCCAGUCCCCGCGGCCAGAGGGGUCCCUGGGGGCGGUGAGGAACGGGGGUCCGGCGCCCGCCUGGACCCUGAACUCCUGCCCUGCCGCCCCUGGCGGCUCCCCGCCUGCCGGCCGCCUCCCCCCAGCCAAAGGGCCAGAGAAAGUCAGAUCUUCCUCCUCGUCCUCUUCCUCCUCCGCCUCCCACAAGGUGCCCAGCCCCCUGCCCGGCCCGCUCCCGCUGCUGCCCCCCAAGGAGGAAGACAGGGAAGGGCCCAAGGUCAAGUCAGAGCCGCCAGCCCCGGAGGUGCCUGGGGAGCUGCCAGACAAAGCCCGGAGCGGAGCCCCCAAGGCGCUGGUGCUGCUGCCGGUGGCCCCCCGCACCCCGUCCAAAGAGAAGAGGAGCUCGUCCACCUCCUCGUCCUCGUCCUCCUCGUCCUCGUCCUCCUCCUCGUCCUCCUCCUCCGACUCCAGCUCCAGCUCCAGCUCCUCAGAGUCCAGCCACGACUCCCCGGCCAGCAAGGGGCCCGACCAGGAGACGGCGAAGAAAGAGCCCCCGAGCCCGGUGCCGAAGGAGCUGGCCCGUGAGGGGCGCCCCCUGGAGGUGGCCAAGCGGAAACGCCGUUCCCGCAGCUCCAGCAGCUCCAGCAGCAGCUCGUCGUCGUCGUCCUCCUCGUCGUCUUCCUCGUCUUCCUCCUCCUCGUCCUCGUCCUCCUCGUCGUCCUCUUCUUCCUCCUCCUCCUCGUCCUCCUCCUCCCCCAAGCCGGGGCCCCAGCCGCAGCCCAAGGCGGCUCCCAAGAAGCCCUCGCCCGAGCAGAGGCGCUCCCGGAGCCCCCGGAAGCCGAUCGACUCCCUGCGCGACUCGCGCUCUCUCAGCUAUUCCCCGGCCGAGCGGCGCCGGCCCUCCCCCCCGGAGCCCCCCCUGGCCCAGCGGGACCGGCACAGUGACAAACCCUCCCAGAGGAGCCGAGGAACCAACAGCCGCUCCCCAGGUCGCAAGCGCAGGCGGGAAACGCCCAGCCCCCCCCACGCUGCCCGUCGCCGAGCGUCCCGGUCGCCGUAGCCCGCGGGGCUCCGCCCAGCCUCCAGCAGCAGCGCCCCCUAGCAGGGGCUCCGGCAGCAGCCUCCUCCGUUUCCAUUGGCUCCUCCCCCUCCCCCAUUGGCCGGCGGCUACGUCCCGCCCCCUCGGCUGCCGGGGCCCCGCCCCCUUGUGACUCGACUCUCGUUUUUUCCCAUGUGAGCGUUUCAGUUUUUUCUCUUCUGUGAGUUUUACCGAUAAAAAAACCCGACAAAACUUCUGUGUUUUGAGACAAGUGGGGGGGUGGGGGGGAGUUGGGUUGAUUUAGACAAAAAAUGGUUCAAGAGGAAAACACAAAAAAAGGGGGUGGGGUGGGGGUGGGAUUUUGGGGUGGGGUGCGGAAAAAGCCGGCUUGAUUUAGUGUUUCUCAGUCGGGGGGCAGGGAGCUGGCGAGACCCGCGUGGCAUUUCUGAGGUGCAUCGCCCCUCUUUGGAGCACCCCCAAUUUUCAGGGGGUGAAUCCCCCCAAAUCUCGGGUUUAGCUCACCCUCUCUGGCCGCCCCCCCCCAAAUUUUAGGGGGUAGAUUCCUCCCCUUUCACUGGCAGCAGCGCCAGGAGCUCUCAUUGCUCACACCCCAAAUGUCCAGGCCCAUAUCCCCCUGCCCAGCCCCCCCAAUUACUCUGAGGGGGUGAGGAAGUGAUUUGCGUUCUCCCUGCCAUUAAAAUGUGGGGGGGGGGGCGCCUCUUUGGGCUCACUGGGGGUUCCAGCUAUCGAUAUUUGUUAGCAGCAGCACCCCGAGUUCAAGGGCAUAAUCUGCCCUCUCAGGAGCCACCCCCAAAAUGAGACUCUGAUUUAGGGGAGCGUAUGUGCUUUCAGUUAAAUUUGGGGCACCUCUUCUCAUGCGUGGAGGGGGCGGAGUUGGGGUUCACUGGACCCCCCAAUAAAGGGACUCUUGGGCGGGGCUGUUUGGGGGCACUGUCAGCAGAGCCCAGACCAUGGCGGUUUUGGAGCGGGAGUGGCCGGGCCGCGGGCCCCACGGUUUGUGGGGGGCGAGCCGGCUGAGAAACCCUAAAUCGAAGGGCAGAUUUGGGGGUGGGGUGGGGGCGGGGCAGAGAAUUUUCUUCACGUUUCUUAAAAGCGUUGGAUUUUUUUUUUUAAUCUGUACAGCAAGGAGACUUUUCUGUGAAAUAAACGACGAAAAGCAGA